CUUGAGAACAGUUUCGGUAGUUAAAAAGACCUAUUUAUUUUCUUGGGGGGAAGGAAAUAAGAGGGAAAUGGGAGAGAGGGAGAUAGGACUUCCCUAAUCCUAAUGUCUAUCAUUUGUUGAAGGCUUUGGUUUAAGUCUCUUCAAAAAGAAACAAAAUUGACUUCCCCUGAGGGAAAACAAUAAUAGUUCAUGUGGGGUCUUUACUCUUUUCUUCAGCUCAAACUAGGUAGAGAAAGGUAACAGCCAAGAACUUCUGGUCAGAGAGAAGUGAAGUGAUGUGGAGAUCAGACCACUAUAAGCAGAAGUGUCCCCCAAGUCAUCUUGGGCUAACUGCCUUUCCUUUUCCAACCUUCCAUAGAAUUCUCUCUCCUCCCCCAUGGGUCUGGGUCUGGAGGAUUCUAUCUGCUUUCUUGAGGUUUUUCUUCUUUGUAUUUCAUCUCUUCAGUCUUUGCCCAUUUCUCUCAUUCACACCAUAUAGAUGAAAAAAAACGCUUCUUGUAAAAGCGUUAUGUGGCAUAAUAGGAGAAAUGUGGGUUCCCCAAUCAGAUGAAAUGGUACUGUCAACAUUGAAGCUUUAUCAGCAAAAGAGUCAUAUGGUCAAAUAGGUGUCUUAGGACUAUCACUUUAACUGUUAUGUGGAUGGGAAAUCAGAGAAGGAAGAGACUUGAGUCAGGGAGACCAACCAGAAGGCUAUUGCAAUAGUCCAACCAUGAAGUGUUGAGAGCCUGUGUCCCUGUGGUAGCUAUGUGAGAAGAAAGAAGAGGAAAUAUAGAAGAGAUUUUAAGAGGGUACAAAUAAGACUUGGCAAAAGAUACAGUGUGGGGGGUGACUUCAAAGGAGGAGCAGAGGAGGAUGCCAAGGUUGUGAGCUUGGGUGACUGGGACUAUUGAUGCUCCCAAUAAUAAUAAUAAGACAGUUCAGGAGCAGGCAAGGUUUAAGGGGAAAGACAGUGCGUCUUGAUUGGGUUCCUAUAGGAUAUCUGCUCAGUAAGUCCAAAAUAAAAUUGGUCAUAAAGUAAAGAUCAUGGUGGAGACCAGGGCUAAUUUAUAGAUCUAGAAAGCAUCUCCAAAACAAUAGUAAUGGAACUCAUUGAAGCUCAUGAGAUCACCAACCAAGAUUUUCCAAGAAGGAGAAGAAAAGAAGGUUCAGAGACACCCAAGGUGAAUCAGCACAGCAUGGAUGAAGAGCUAGCAAUAGACCCUGAGAAGUCAUGGUCAGAUAGGUUAGAGGAGACCCAGGAGACAGAAAGUUCACAAAAAACCCUAAAAAACAGAGUAACCAGGAGGAAAAGGUGACUGACCUUGUCAAAAGCUAUAGACAGGGAAGAGGAUUGAGAAAUCAUCAUUAGGUUUGGCAAGGGAUCACUGGUGACUUUGGAGAGAGCAAUUUCAAUUGAAGGUUAAAAGUGAGAAACUUUUAGAAAACAGGUAUUUACUUACUAGUUAUGAGAUCAUGGGAUAUUAAUUUAAGUUCUUUCAUCCUCAAUUUCCUCAUCUGUGAAAUAGGAUUGCUGAUAAGAACUGUAACCCUCCAUGGAGUUAUUAUGAGGAUCAGUCAAUGAGUACAAUGUGCUUUUUAAGUCAUAAAGUGCUCUAGAAAUGUCUAUUAUUAUUAUUGCCUAAUUAAAUCCCUACCUGAAGCAUUAUUGCCUGAAGGAUAGAGAGAGGUUAAUUGACUUGGCCAGGGUCAUACAGAUGAGAUUUAACCUCCAGUUUUUCUGAGUUCAAGCUUGUCCUUCUAUCUAUUAUACCAUAUUGUAUUUGUAUUUCUUAAAAUAUUACUCUUCCUUGUUUUAAUAUGUGUAUCUGGUAAUAGUAAUGUGAAUUUUUCAUUUUCCUCUUACUCAAUUUUAUUGUCUUUCUUCCUAAAACAUUUAGCUAACUAAAGCUUAUUUCCUUUUGAUAUUAAUCUCACCUGUCUAAAAUCUGAUUCAGGAAACUGUGUUAUAACAGGAAGACUUCUGAUAUUCUUGAGAUAAGAAACCAAACAGAAGGAAUAAGGGAAUACAGCAUCUUCAAAAUUUCCUGACAGAUUUUAUUUGUAGAAGAAUUUCCCUGAUCCUGAAUCUUUGUUAUCUUUGUGACAUGUAAACCUCUUCCCCUCAAUUAGCCUACUGUGAUGUCUUUAAAAUGUAGCUUUGUCCUUUCAUAAAUGUCAAUUUUGCUAAUUCAACAUUUAAAUCUAUAAUUUAAUCUUUUUAUUAAUCAGUUUUAACUUUGUUCAACCUUAUUUGAAGGAAACAUAAAAUAAUGAAUCUGUUUGAUUAGGCCUAUGUGACUUUUAUGGACCAUAAAGAUUGUUGCAUGUUAAAAGUUAUUUCUUUCUAUCUUUGAUGGCAUUUUCUCUACAGAGACUUAAUAGAAACUCCAGGUUUGGUUCAGGGUUAUUUUUCUACUAUCUGAACCUGUGUGUAAACAUAAUAAAACCUAGGUUUUUAUCUCUAUAAUUUCUGCAGUGUAAUAGAUUUUUUUCAGCAAGCAGCAUCUUGCCACAUGAACUUGGUGGGAGAUAUUUCUUUUAACAAUGUUUUCAUCAGAGUUCUAUUUUCAUUUGUGAUUAAAGAUAAUGAGAUAGAAAUACAUGCUAAUCACCUUUAGCUAAAUAUAUGUGUCAAUAUAUCAUACACACACACACACACACAUAUAUAUAUAUAUAUAUGUAUAUAUACGUGCCGAUGAAAAGCCUUGCUAUCAGUAUGUAAGGACUAGGGAAUAAGCAUUUAUAGAGCUCCUACUAUGUAAAGUUCCUUAUUUUUAUUUUUCAUGUGGAAAAGAUUUUUUAAUUGGUCUAUCCCUCCAACUGCCCAUCUCUCAUUGAGCAUUAAACUAAAACUUUUUAAAAUCUAAAAUUCCUCAAUAUAAAGUUUCAUAGGACAAUAAACUAUAUAAUGUAUAUCCAAAAAUGAAUCUGUAUCUGAAUUUUAGGAUCAUUGCCUUUCUUUUAGAAGGUGAUUUGGGUAUUUCAUUUUAAUUCUUUUGGAGUUAUGUUUUAUCAUCUUGUAUGUAGAUCAGAAUUCUAAAGUCUUUCAAAGUUGUUUUUCUCUAUAACGUUGUUAUUAUUUUAUAAGUUGUUCUCUCUCACUCUGCCAUCAGGUCAUAAAAAUUUUCCCAGUUCCUUUUGAAAUUGUCUGUUUUUAUCAUUUCUUAUACUCCAUUACCCAGGAUUUCAGUAUGGAUUUCUAGGAUGGAUUGGGGAAUUUGGAGAUGCCCCAGUGGAGUGUUUGUGGGGUAUCUGGGAUCUAUUAUUUCCUUGCUCUCCUCCAUUUCCCCACAUUUUCCUUUUCAAUAAAGUUUAUUGAUCAGAAGAGUGACAGGGUCAGAACUAAACUUUAGGAAUCUCAAUGUGAUAGCUAUAUAAAUGUGUAAAGAAAGUGAAAGACUGGAUAUAGGGAGAUCAGUUAGCAGGUUAUUGCAAUAGUCCAGGUGAGAGAAGAUGAGGUACUAGACUAGAGAGAUCAUAGUAUGAGUAGAGAGAAAGGAAUGAAUGUCAGAGAAAUCGAGGAGCAAGAUAAGUUUUGGAACAUUGUCGGGAUAGGAGCAGUAAAAAAAAAAAGAAAAGAAAAAAACUUGGGUAGUUAAGAGGAAGGGUGAAUUUAAAAGAAAAGAUCAAUUCUGAGUUGGGUUGAGAUACCUGUAGAUACCUGUAGAGGAUGUUAAGGUGGAGAUGCCCAGCAGGCAAAUGGAGGUGCUGGACAAAGUUCAAGAUGGAGAUAAAAGUUCUCUCUACAGGUGUGGUAGUCAUCUGCUUAGAGAUAUUGGUUGAUGACAUAAGAUUUAAUGGGAUCAUCAAAACAGAAUGUGUAGGGGGGAAAAGAAAGGGACCAGUACAAAGACCUGGGGUACACCUACACAUGGCCACAGGACACGGAUGAUGAUCCUACAAAGGAAACUCCAAAGGAUUAGUAUGACAGUGUCCAGCCCAGCCAGAAGAAAAGUCAAAAUCUCACAACAUCUUUUGACCAAAAGUGUGGUAGCAGUGACUGAUUAUCACAUCCACAGGCCUCUGGAGCUGCUGCCCCACCGGACUGAGCGACUUCAGGUCCUUUGCAGAGAAGGUGAAGAAAGGAGGUUUGGCCGCCUCCAGAAUGGGACACAAGGACAGCCCUUGGCCAAAAACACAGCCAGACAUGUGGGAAUUCCUGAUCCCAAACCAUUAAUUUUGUAUGGGAAUCGCGCAUAUGGAAAAUCUCUGAUACCCCAGACCUCCCUCUCUGUGCCCAGGAUCACCGUGAAACAGCCUCCUGUCAGUGAAGUAGCAGCAGCAGAAGAAAGUGGUCGAACUCUGACAAAAGAACCUAGAAGACUGCCCAGAAAAAUGCCUGAAGAUGAUCCAGCCUUCCCCCAGGGAGCAGAAGCCUCUGUGCCACUGACAGGCAGAACUAGCUGUGGAACCCCCAACAUUCUCCGGAAAAUGUGGCUGAAGCACAAGAAGAAGUCAGAGUAUUUGGGAGCCACAAACUGCGCCUUUGAGGCUGACUGAAAGGUGUCCCUCCUUCCUGGAGCUGCUGAGUAAUUCAGAUUGCUGAAAAUUCAGAUUGUUUUUGCAGAGGCAAGGAUACUUUCCAGCUCCAAAUACUAGAAUCUUCUAAUAACCUAAUCAUACAAGGUGUUGAAUCACAUCCCCCCUCUCUUAGUGCAUAAUCCAGAAUAUAUCAUUAUUCCUUCCUUUUUCAUACAUUUACCUCCUUGAGAGGGAGGAAAAGGAUUCCCCUCAAAGACAAGAUAUAACAUUUAUAAGAUCUAUUUAAGAGAUCUUUUUAGAAGCAGUCACAAGCCUGAAAGGGAUCUUGAGGUGAUGUGUACACCCUUCACCUAUUUUCCAACAUGACUUUGUCUGAAGCAAACUUCUCCUUCCUAUUUUUAAAGACCUUCAUAAGAGAUUUCCUCUCCUCUGGUUUCUCAUCUAAAAAAUAAAGGGGUUGGAUUAGCUCAAGAAGUUUUAAUCUAGGGUCUUUGACCUUUUUAAAAAUAUGUAUAUUAUGAUAACUAUAUUUCAGUAUAAUUGAUUUCCUUUAUAAUUCUUUUUUUUUUUAACCCUUACCUUCCGUCUUGGAGUCAAUACUGUGUAUUGGCUCCAAGGCAGAAGAGUGGUAAGGGCUAGGCAAUGGGGGUCAAGUGACUUGCCCAGGGUCACACAGCUGGGAAAUGGCUGAGGCCAGAUUUGAACCUAGGACCUCCCGUCUCUAGGCCUGGCUCUCAAUCCACUGAGCUACCCAGCUGCCCCCUUCCUUUAUAAUUCUAUAUAUUUUAUCUUAUGUACUUAACAACAAUAUUCUGAGAAGGGGGUCUGUAGGUUUCACCAGCCUGCCAAAGGAGUCCUCAACACAAAAUAAGUAACAAUAAAAUAGGUGAAGAACCCUGGGAUUAGAUGAUUGAGCUCUAAGAUCCCUCCACAUCCAAGUCUUCCACUUUCCUCAAUAAUCUGUUGCCCUGUUCUCCAUUCUGAUGUCAUUAUAAGGAAUGGAUGUUGAGUCAUAAGUGAGCACAAUGAUCUUUGCUAUUCCUGUUAGCACAUUUACUUGUUUAUUCAUUCCUCUUUAAUGAAUAUUCAUAUCUGGUAUGACAAAGCACCAAAAGAUAUUCCUUUACCAACUCUAAUAUCAGCUUCAGUCUGUCAUCAAGAUGUUUCUGUCAGUCCUUUGGCACCAUUGCAUGAGUGAAUUCUUAGUUCUUCUAUGUGCCAGUUCCUGAAGAAUUGAGUGGUGAAAAUCAAAAUAUUUGAAAGGGGGGGGGGAGGGAAUAGUGGGGGGAAGUAAUAACUUAUAUUUGUAAAGGACUUUAAACUUUUCAAAAUAUUUUCAUUAUUUCAUUUCAUCCUCUCCAAAUUCCUGAUAGGCAGAUAGAUAAGUCUUAUUGUCCCUAUUUUACAGAUGGGAAAAUCUAGGGUACAGAGUUUAUUUAAGUGACUUACUUGCCUAUGAUCAAACAACCCAGUAAAACUCAAACUCAAAUCUCAACUUUUUUUUCAUGACAUCAUGCUAAGGAAUGAAGAAUUUGUCUUUGCUCAAACACUAUAACCCAAGUAUAUAUGACUUUGUUCCUAUCCUUCAUCGUGUAUGUGUGUGUGUAUGUGUGUGUGUGUGUGUGUGUGUGCGCGCGCGCGCGCGUGCUCGCCUCUUCCCCUUUCCUGCAAAAUGGGAAAAAUAAUGCCUGCUCCCUCAAUAUUUCCAACUACACUUUCUGGCAUGUGUUUGUAUAAAACAAGGCUACACAUGCAUUUACACACACAUACAUUUCUUCAGUCUUUAAAAUUAAUCUUUGACCAAAGAAAAUAAAUACUUUUUAGUGAACUCCGCAGUAUCAUAGAGAAAAUCAGUUUUCAUAUUUGGUAAAAGAGAUGACCAAUAAUUCAUUGUCUUUUUUUUUUGUCAGUGGAAAUUGGAAGAAUGAUCUUUUUUUUCUAAGUAUUCUGCUUCAAAAUUAAGAUGACCUCUACUUUUCGGAUCACCCCCUUUUUGAUCAGGUUGAGAAUGUGACUACUAAUGUUUUAUUACUUUUACACAACAUUCUUUACCACCACUGCAUUGAUUCCCACCUAAAGUCCCAAAGUCUUGUUUGGGCUAUUAGUCAGAAUGUAUAGAACAAAGAACAAGGCUUUGACCCAUUCCCACAUCACAUAAUACCAAGCUAUUUAAAAAAUAAAACAUCCCCAAAACUACCACAGUCUAAUACCCUCAAAGUGUGACAAGCAAGGGAAGAAAACCACCUGGGCAACUUAUUCUGGUUAAAUAGUCAUUGCCUUUUGCAAUCCUAGAUUUGCAGCUAGAAAGAUCUUUAGAGAAUCAUGCUGCACUCACACAGUAAGCAGCAUGGCCUGUACCCCAAGAACACAGCUCACUGAAGUGUGACUCAACCUUCGUACUUCCUUCCCCCAAGUAUUCUCAGCUUGCCUGGCUUACCACUGAAUGCUCUGAACCAGAAAGUUCAGAAGAGAGCUUAGAAUACAAAGAUAAAAAUCAGAGCAACCUCUUCCCUCAAAGGAAUUUCCAUUCUACUGACAUCCAUGUCCUGGUUCCCAUAUGGGAUUUAGAUCCAUUUCUUAAGGCCCCCACUGCCAAAAGGAUAUAGUUAAUAUGGGACCAUUCAUCUUCCCCAGUCCUCAGUGUUUCUUUGUCCCUAAAGUCUCGGAUCAAUCACAAAUUUAACAGUAGACUGGCCUAACCUGACCCAUCAAAGCAUGAGGAAGAAACAGAACUAUAACUCCAUAUCUUAUGGUCUAAUCCACCAAAUUCAAAUUGUUAGAACCUGCCUAUAUUCUGCAAGUGUAAUUCUUAACCUUCAGCAUCAAGUACUGUGAUAAAAGCCUCCUUUGAUUUCUAAAUAAUGGCACAUUUAAGUUCUCAAAGAUUUGGGUAUAGAAAGAUUGGAAUGAAACCAGGGAUCUGUACCCAAUCUACCAACCAAUAGCUGGAGAUGUUAUCUAUUUUUGUUUUAAUUUAUAACAAAUGCCUGUACUUAUACAUGGAUAUUUAUGCAAAAUGUAACCUUUUUUUUUUCAAAAUGUAAGUUAUUUAAUAUUUAUUUAUAUAAUGCCAAUGGAAUACUGUUCUCAUGUGGUAAAUAUUUUGUCUCAGCCAUUCAGAUAAAAGUAGUAGGUGUGCUUUGUGUAUGACAUGAAUAAAAACAAUAGGAAAUGCA